AUGUUUAGAUAUAAGGAAGAAAAGACCUUGGAUGAAAGAAAGCACGAGACCGAGAAAAUUCAAAGCAGAUGGCCAGAAAAAAUCCCAAUUAUACUAGAAAAAGACUCAAGAUGCACUCUUGAGGCUUUGCCUAAAAGUAAGUUCUUGUGCUCGAAUGAUUUUACAGUUCAACAGUUUACAGCAAGCAUCCGUAAAAAAUUGAACCUCGAUAAAAGUGCUGGUGUUUUUAUAUUCAUAGGUGGAAAGGAACUUUUAUCUGGUGAAGCUCUGAUGAGAGAAGUUUAUCAACAAAAAAAAGAUGAAGACGGAUUUCUUUAUAUGCUUUAUUCUGAGCAUGAAGUUUUGGGAUAG